CUUAGAUAAAAAAGAACUAGAUUUAGUUCUAAUGGGUCAGCUUAUAGCAUUUGAAUAUAAUCAAACAAAUGAAAAUGCUAAACAGAAAUUUAAUUAUCACUUUAAUAAUGAUAUUAAACUCUGUAAAAAUACAUAUCUUAAGUUAAUUGGAGUUGGAAAAGAUUAUCUUAUUCAAAUUAAUAAGAGUUUAAAAACUAAAGGGUUAGUUGAACAAUUACAUGACAAUACAAAGUGA